UUUCAGGGAAAAAUCUAAUUUUAAUAGGGAAGAAACAGGCGAUUUUCGUAUAUCCUCGCAGCUAAAUUAGACUAUUUUGUGAAAAAAAACAACAAGACAAUGCAUAGUGCAAAAUUAUAAUUAGUGAACAAAACAGUAAAUUACAUAACAAAAACACAACGAUAACAAUAUAAGUUACAAUGAAAAUGUGAUAUAUCCUUAUAUUAAAAAAAAAAAAACCAAGUUGAAAUCCUCUAAUGAAUUCUCAAAGGCUCAGUCAAUUAUGUAUGCAUAUUAUUUCUUUUCGGGAAAGUUUGCAGCUAUUUUCAUCAAUUUUGUAAAUUCAUUAAAAACAUAAUCGAGUGGCUGCUACAAAUGCAAUUGAUUCAAAAAUUGUUUUAAACAAAACAAAAACAUACAACAGACCCAAAAAUCGUAUUUUUAAAUAUGAAUAUUGUUUUGAAUAGAUAUGCAUUAUUUAUUUUCAUACUAGCUUGGUUUACAUUUCUUUCUGUAUCGAAUUCGGUGAGAAUAACAAACUUAAAAGUGCCACAAAUGUAUACAUUGGAUCGCAAUGGGGAAUCCGAACCACUAAUUUUGGAUUGCGAGUAUGAACUGGGGCCGAGGGAGAAGGGAUUUGUACUGAAAUGGUCUUUUAAUAACAACUCAAUUUAUCAAUGGAUCCCGUCUGUCAAAGGAUUUCCGAUGGGUCCCAUGAAAGAUAAGAUUGAAACGAUUGAAAAAAUAGAAGGUAGUCCCGGAGUUAUAACGAUCAAUAAGCCCGAUUGGAAUAUGACGGGUGAAUACACAUGUUCGGUCCAAACAUUUGAGUCCACUGACAAGAGGAGUGCUCGCCUCCAAAUAAUUGUUCCUGAAUCUGAAUUUGGCUUGGAGACGAGAAUAGAUGUAGAAGAAAGCAAUGUAGAUGUAAUUUGCACAGUUCAGAAUGUUUUUCCACAACCUGUUUUACAUGUGCUUUUUAAUACAAUGAGGUUAGAGUCUGUGCUUACACAAAUGGAUCAAGAUCCCAGUGGUCUCUAUAGUAUGACGGUUAAAUCCAAAAUUCCAAGGAAUAAUCUGGAAUCACCUACUCCAAUCACAUGUGCAUUUUUCUUACUUGGUACGAAUUAUACCAAAAGGAGAGAAACUAUUUUUUAUGGUAAGUACAGAUAAAGCAAGCAACAUACAAAGAAAAUGGACUACUGUAGCCGUAGUGAUGUCCAUAGCAUCAUUAGCUCUAAGCAGUUAGUUAAAUUAAAAUAAAGUAAUAAUAAAUAACUAUUAUUUAAUAAAUUUAUAGAGUUUGCCGUA